AUGGCCGCCAGCGCUGAUCGUUCGUACUCGCCAGAGUACCUCGAGCGAUUAUCAAGUCCUGAUUACCUUGCUGGCGAUGAGUCCUCGUCGGAUCCGCAGAGUGUUGUUGAACCGAAUCGCCUUCCAGACGCUACUGCACUUCUGAGUGCCGACGAGGACCGAAUGGAUUCAGGUUCUUCAGUGCCCAGUCAGGAACGCAGCCCAGUCGGCAGUGAUAGCAACGAGGAAAAUCCGCCCUUGAAGCGGUUCAAAGAAGGCCCAGGCUCGUAUUACGAAUCCUCCGACAAUUACAUUCCACCUAACCGUCUGCCAACCAGCCUCAUCGACAGCGAUGGCAAUGAGGAACCUACGUCCUCGAAGCAGUCGAAAAAAGGCCAAACCAACUACUACGAGUCAUCUGACAACCACAUCCCGCCCAACCGCCCACUCGCCAACUCCACCACAAACCCUCCCCCAAAGAAGCCUACUCAAAAUAAGAAACCCAGCAAACUCGCUGCCCCCUCCAAACCCCCCAAGAAAAACGACCCCACAGCCAAAGCACCCCUAAUCCACCAAAUCCAGCACCACUGGGGCCCCAACUUUACCAAAUCCUUCGUCCCCAAAUGCCACCGUCCUCUCGUCAAAUCCAGCACCUGCCCAACCAAACGCAAAAGACAACGCCCUUUACUCCGCAAACAUGAGUCCAACCCUCACAACUGGAACCCAUCUUCUCUAACCUCCAUCCUGCGCAUCGCGAAGCUCACCUCGGACAAGGAGUGGUUGCACAAAGCUAUGCGGGACGUGGUGCGGUAUCGCAUCCGGCACACGGGGAAUCGGAAGCCACAGCUGGGUAGGUCGGAUUUCGAUGUUAUCGAGGAUAUGCUGGGGAAGGGGUGGGGGGUUGAGUAUGCGUUUGGGGUUAGGUAUAAACACUUGGCUAAGGAGGAAGAGAGGGAGGGGGAAGAAGAAGAAGAGGAUGUGGAGUACCUUUUCGAUGUUGGGCCGGAGAGUGGUAGCGAUGAGGAGGCGGAAUCUGAUGAGACUGAGCUGCGAAGGCGCAGUAAGGAGGUUCGGCGGAAACGACGCGGUGAUACUGGUAGUAGUGGUAAAGGGAAGAAGCGGCAGAGCGAGAGAGGUGAUGAGGUAUGUGCAUCGUCUUCUUCUUCUUCCUCGCCUGAGGAGACGGUAAAUCCGUAUCAACAUGCCUGGUGCAAAUCGCGGUAUGGCAUGUUUCCGCCCCUGCCGCACGCAUCUUCUUCCUCUGCGCAUAGUACGCUGAGGGCUAAGAAACCUGAGCCGCAGGGGACGCGGAAAAGGACACAGCAAAGCACACAGCGGGGUAAGGAUGUACGGCAUAGUCCUGAGGACUCUCUGUUUGUACCGGAGGGGAUGGAGAGGGAUGAACAUGGAGAAUUUGAAGAGGAGGAAGAGGAAGAGGAGGAAGAGAGAGACUACGAGGCAGAAAUCGCAGCAGCAGAGGCGGAACUAAAACUUGCGCGGUUAAGGGUUGCGGCUGCGAAAGCGAAGAAACUGAAGAGGAAAAAGUGAUAGUUUCAUUGAUGCUGUUUUAGGUUAGUUGGUUUGCAUUGUAGGGUUGGAUAUGGGAGUCAUGUGGGCUAGGUUUAGUAUACUGGAAACCAGGGGUUUUACUGUAUUCAUUCUUUUGAUAACCAGUACUGGGGCAAACAGAUUUGUUGGGGGUGGGCGGACUCUCUGCAAAAUAUGU